GAGAAACGUGGGUCCAACCCACCGCCACCGCCCCCAUGCGCUCCGUUCGCUGUCUUCUCAACAAAACUCUCAAACCCCAAAACCUAAAACCAUAAUCUUUCACUUUCAUCUUUCAAACACACAUCAAAACCCCCCCUCUCUCUCUUUCUCUCUCUCUUUCUCUCUCUCUAGAUUUUCACCAAAUAUUUGCAUAUCUUUCAACACAUGCAACUAGAAUUUGCAUAUCUUCUUCUCAACAUGGUUGUUUCUGUUUUGAAUCUUGUUGUGAAAACUAUAUAGUUUUGUUUGUGAAAAGUUUGGAGAAAAUGAAUCCAGUAACUACACAUGGUCGUCCUCUACCUCCUCCUUUUCAUAGUAGAGAUCUUCAUAUACAACAACAACAACAACACUACCAUCAGUUUCAACAGCAGCCGCUACAUGAGGAGGAAGAUCAAGUUGUCGGUCAUAAGAGAGACCGUGAUGGGAAUAAUAGUAAUAAUAAUAAUGAUGGUGGUGGUGGUGGAAGAGAGUUAGCUUCGGUGGUGACAGGAGGGGAUCAAGGAGAUCAUAGUAGUGGUGGUGGUGGAAGUGGUGGUUCAAGGCGGCCACGAGGGCGUCCGGCUGGAUCGAAGAAUAAGCCGAAGCCACCGGUUAUUAUCACGAGGGAUAGCCCUAACGCGCUGCGGUCGCAUGUGAUGGAGGUGGCGAGCGGGUGUGAUAUACAAGAGAGCAUAGCGAAUUUUUCGCUAAGGAAACAAAGAGGGGUUUGUAUAUUGAGUGGUAGUGGAACGGUUACUAAUGUAACCCUGAAGCAGCCGGCGACAGCUGGGGAUGUGUUGACCCUACAUGGGCGAUUUGAGAUCUUAUCGCUUUCAGGGUCAUUUCUUCCACCCCCAGCUCCACCGGCUGCUUCAGGGUUAACUAUUUACUUGGCCGGUGGACAAGGGCAAGUGGUUGGAGGAGGGGUUGUGGGACCCUUGUUGGCUUCCGGGCCGGUGGUAAUCAUGGCGGCGUCAUUUGGAAAUGCGGCAUAUGAGAGACUUCCUCUUGAAGAAGAAGAGACUACACCGGUUUCCCCUUCUGGGAUUAACGGUCAACAACAACAACAACAACAACAACUAAUGAACGAGGCGAAUCCGCCUUUGUUCCAUGGAAUGCCUCCUAAUAUGCUAAAUUCGUUGCCAACGGAUGCCUAUUGGGGUGCGAAUCGUCCUCCUUUUUGAUGAUCAUGAUCAAGAGGAAUCAAACACUAUUGUUUAAUUCUUCUUUAUCCUUACUUUCUCUUAAACUUAUGUAAUUCGAUCUCGUGGAUCAUUUUCCUUUAUUUGUUUUUUACACAUGAAUUAGUAAGUUUGUGAUGUUAAUUAAUUGGAAUGAUUAGGGUUUUAUAGCAUGUUUGAUCAGGAAUUGAGGUUGUACAAAACUUGUGAAAUUAAUAUCCUUUUUGUGAAUUUCAUUA